CCGGCCGCUCUCCAUAUCGCAACCACUGCUGGUCAGGGCCUUCUGACCACUAUUUCCUGGGGUCUCAGUUACAGUGGAGGGUAACGCAUGGCUUUUUUCUUUCAGCAAUGGACAACCUGCAGGAGAGAGCUCUGCACAUCCGGAAGGUCCUCCUGGUCCUGCCCAAAACCACUCUGAUUGUCAUGAGAUACCUCUUUGCCUUCCUCAACCAUUUAUCACAGUUCAGUGAAGAGAACAUGAUGGACCCCUACAACCUCGCCAUCUGCUUCGGGCCCUCGCUGAUGUCAGUGCCUGAGGGCCAUGACCAGGUGUCCUGCCAAGCCCACGUGAAUGAGCUGAUCAAAACCAUCAUCAUCCAGCACGAGAACGUCUUCCCAAACCCUAGGGAGCUGGAGGGCCCCAUCUACAGCAGAGGAGGGAGCACGGAGGAUUACUGUGACAGCCCUCACGGAGAGACUACCUCGGCUGAAGACUCAACCCAGGAUGUGGCCGCAGAGCACCACACAAGUGAUGACGAGUGUGAGCCCAUCGAGGCCAUUGCCAAGUUUGACUACGUGGGCCGGACAGCCCGAGAGCUGUCCUUCAAGAAGGGGGCGUCCCUGCUGCUCUACCAGCGGGCUUCCGACGACUGGUGGGAAGGCCGGUACAACGGCGUCGACGGACUCAUCCCCCAUCAGUACAUCGUGGUCCAAGACACCGAGGACGGUGUCGUGGAGAGGUCCAGCCCCAAGUCUGAGAUUGAGGUCAUUUCUGAGCCACCUGAAGAAAAGGUGACAGCCAGAGCGGGGGCCAGCUGUCCCAGUGGGGGUCAUGUAGCCGAUAUUUAUCUUGCAAACAUCAACAAGCAAAGGAAGCGGCCAGAAUCUGGGAGCAUCCGGAAAACAUUUCGGAGCGACGGCCAUGGGCUGAGCAGUUCCCUGACUGAUUCCGCCUCCCCAGGGGUGGGGGCAAGCUGCCGCCCAUCUUCCCAGCCCAUCCUGAGCCAGAGUCUCCCCAAGGAAGGGCCAGAUAAGUGUUCCAUCAGUGGGCAUGGGAGUCUCAACUCCAUCAGCCGCCACUCAUCCCUGAAGAAUCGGCUGGACAGUCCACAGAUCCGGAAGACGGUGACAGCAGGCAGGUCAAAAAGCUUCAAUAACCACCGGCCCAUGGACCCUGAGGUCAUUGCACAGGAUAUUGAGGCGACCAUGAACUCUGCCCUGAACGAGCUGCGGGAGCUAGAACGGCAGAGCAGCGUCAAGCACACCCCGGAUGUGGUUCUGGACACCUUGGAGCCCCUCAAGACCUCCCCCGUGGUGGCCCCCACAUCGGAGCCCUCCAGCCCCCUGCACACUCAGCUCCUCAAGGACCCCGAGCCCACCUUCCAGCGUAGCGCCAGCACUGCUGGGGACAUGGCCUGCGCCUUCCGGCCUGUCAAGUCUGUCAAGAUGGCGGCCCCAGUCAAGCCGCCAGCCACACGGCCCAAGCCCACUGUCUUCCCCAAAACAAAUGCCACUAGCCCCGGUGUCAACUCCUCUGCCUCCCCACAGUCCACUGACAAGUCUUGUACUGUCUGAGGGAUGUAAUUUAAUUGUUCUAGACAAGGGGACUGGAGGGACUGACUGUUAUUAAAAUCUUCCUAUUUAACUAGCUUGGGGACUUCAGUUGAAAAUUAGGUUCUAAGUUGUUCUUGCAGGAAUUAGCCUUCCCAUCACCCAAAACCUUGAGAAUGAAGCCCUCGUUAUUGCCCAGCCCUCCCCCACCCUUCCUGCUACCUUCUGCUUCCCCCAGUUGUCGUAAUCCAGCCAGCUAC